AUGGUUAGCGCUGGAACGAAGCGCAAGAGGAGAGAUCGCGGGAACCGCGUUGCGGCUGCAAUUGAGGAUGGUCGUAUUCGCGGAGCAAGAGAGCGAAAGACACUUGGGAAAGUCAUCUCUGCAAGUGUGCCCGACACUGAGCUGUUUGUCGAAGACCGCAGGGGGAAAGAAAAGGCGGAAGUGCAGCAAGAGCUGCUUGCGCAGGCUGCAGAGGACCGCCGUGCGGCGAAACGCGCCCGAAGAGCAGUACCGAAAGUGCGCAAAUCCGAAGGCGCCCUCGGAAAAAGUGUGCCUAUUGCCAGCACGUCAGACUUAGCUGGCAAGAGGAAAAAAAAGGGCCUCGGAAUUGUGGAAGUGGAAAUUUUGGCGAAGCGAAAGUUUGACAAGCCCCGUGGUCAUGUCGGGAACCGGAGUGAAGUCAUUCGUCAACAGAAGCUGCACAAAGAUGGGAUGGAGGACGUCUGGAAUGGGGAGAUGUCGCGGAAGGUGGCUGACGAAAUCAGUCAAAACCGCAGACGUUUAGAAGGAAAGGUGAAUGUGAUUCACCGCUCUGCGCCCUCUGUCAUUCACCCCGCACAGGGUAUGAGCAUUAAUCCGACUCAUGGAGACCACCAGGACAAGCUUGGAGAAGCUCUAGCUGACAUCGUACGGAAGGACGAUGAUGACGAGUGGACUGCGACAAAGAUGAAGUUCGAUCCGGCUUUGCUGGCGGAAAGCACAGAAGGGGAGGUCCUUGGCACCGGUAUGAAGGCUGCUUCUGAUGCACCAGAUGAUAGCGAAAGCAGUGAUGACGAGGAUUCAAUUAUAAGAACUGUUCCGCAACGGAAGACAAGAUCCCAGCGGCAUAAAGAAGCUCGGAAACGUGAGAUGGUAUCGAACAUUGCCAAGAAGAAGGCAUCGGCGAGGCGAGUAGCAGAGCUUCAGAAUGUCGAUGAAAUUGCCCGAGAAGCAAAGAAGCUAGCAGAUAAGCUAAGCGGUGAGGAAAAGCUCCGGCAGUUGCGCGAGAACCCACCACCAGCAAAAAAGGUCCACGAACCUAUUUUCGCAAAGGUGGCAGGUCAAAAGGUCCGCAAUGAAACUGUUGUUGAACCAGUGACGUUGAGUGCCGAACUCUCCGAAAGUAUGCGUCGUGUGAAAAUGCCAAUUGCGAACCCGUUGCUGAGGGAUCGUUUUGUUAGUUUCGAACGCCGGGGCCUCAUCGCGCCACCAAAAGUCCUUCCGAAAGAAAUUUGGAGGAUGGAGCAAGCAAAGAGACAAGAUGAGCGUAAGGAUAAACGGAAGAGGAAGGGUAGGGGCAGUCGGUCUAAUAUGACAUUUUGGAGGAAUGGAAAGAAAGCAAUCUUGUAAAGGUCUCGUCCUAUUUAGCAGUGGCAACUUCCUGUUUAUGAAUAACGUCCACGAGCCCCUUUUCGAUACCACUGUCCAGGAUACGUUCUGUACAAAAGAGAGUUGUUAUUGGCACCUGCUCGAUAAGAUAGUUUUAUCCUCGUUAAAGAAUACACUUCUCACUGCAACGCAGAAACCCUAAA